AACUUUUUCCGCAGUACUUUCGGGUUAGUAUUCGUGUGAAGCUUCAUUUAUAAAGUUCAACUUACUCAGAUUCCUUGGUUCAAUAAAAUACUUGUUGUGCAAAAAAAGUUCAAUUAGAAAGCCCGUCUGUAAAAUUACCUAUUUGUACGGAAGAAUUUCCAAAUUAACUUGUUUCUGCUUAAGUAUAAAAUUAUAUUAAAAAAAUAAAACACAUUUAUGUAAGAAAUUUAUUACUCAAACAAUAAAAUAAAAGUGAUUGUGAAAGAAAAAGUAAAUUUUCCGUGAAACAGAAAAAUAUAAAAUAAUGAGAUCUUCAAUAAUCUGGAUAACCGUUCUUGCAACAACUAUUCCACUAUUUAUAUCAGAAACUGACGCAUGGGGUGGAGUAUUUAAUAGGUUUUCGCCAGAAAUGCUGUCAAACUUAGGAUAUGGAGCACAUGGAAGUGCAUAUCGUCAACCUUUUUUUCAGGAUGAAAACUACUUAGAAGACGAACAAACCAGUGACGAUGAAUGCUAUGGCAGACGUUGCGUUGCCAAUGAGCAUUGUUGUCCAGGUACUGUAUGUGUGAAUGUUGAUGGAAUUAUUGGAAAUUGUCUAUUUGCAUACGGACGAAAGUUGGGUGAAUUGUGCAGACGUGAUGCUGAUUGUGAAAGCGGAUUAGUAUGUGAUGUUGCGGCUUCUAGUGGAGCAUCUGUAUGUCGCGCUCCGAUGGUUUUGGCUAAACAGUAUGCUGAAGACUGUCAUACAUCGACAGAUUGUGAUAUUACACGAGGUUUAUGCUGUCAAUUACAAAGAAGACACCGACAACAACCACGAAAAGUUUGCUCUUAUUUCAAAGAUCCACUAGUUUGUAUUGGUACUGUUGCUGCUGAUCAAGUGAAAAACGACAUUGAACACACAGCUGGUGAGAAACGCAUCGCAUCAUACCGACAUGGUAUGAAUACAAUAUAAGAAGUAGAAAAAUAAAGGCUCUAAAUUCUACACUCACUGAAAUUGUUAAAUUAUUUUCUAGAUUAUAUUUAAAACGUAUUUAUUUGGUAGCUUAUACGAUAAAAAGUUUGAAUCUUUUUCGAGUUAUUUUACAAAAUAUAACACAAAUAUACGAUGUAUGAAACUAAAUAAAACAUAUCAAAAAUUUAACAAAAAUAAAAAAAAAAACAUAUCAAUCGAUGUCCUUUUAAAACAUAUAUGAUUCUAGAGAAAAGUUUAUAAAACGAAUAUGAAAAACAUUAUUAUUUAUACUUAAAUAUUUUUAAUAAACUAAUUAUAUAUUUUUUUAGUUUUAAUAAGUUAUAAAAAAUGAC